AUGCAACUCAAGACGUCAGCAUUGGCCUCGGCGGCCUUGUAUCUCUGCGGCAAUGUUGCGGCCCAUGGCGAUGCCCAGACCCCCCUCGUCGGCCCCGACCGGGAUGCGAUAUCGUCAUCCUCCAGGCCGAACAUAGUUUUCGUCUUGACCGACGACCAGGACCUUCACAUGAACUCGUUGGAGCACAUUCCGCUGAUUCAGAAGAGGCUUAUCGAAGAAGGGACCUUGUACAAGAAGCAUUUCUGCACGACGGCAGUUUGUUGCCCGUCGCGCGCCAGUUUGUGGACGGGCAAACUGGCUCACAACACCAACGUCACCGACCUUAACCCACCAUACGGCGGAUUCCCCAUCUUUGUGAAGAACGGUCACAAUGAGAAUUACCUACCCAUUUGGCUACAAAAAGCCGGCUAUAGCACUUAUUACACGGGCAAAAUGUUCAAUGCCCACACUAUCUGGAACUAUGACAGCCCCCAUCUGAAAGGCUGGAACUCUUCUGACUUUCUCCUUGAUCCAAACACAUAUGACUACUACAACGCCACCUUCCAGCGUGACCAUGAGAAGCCAGUCAACCAUCUCGGCGAGUACUCUACCGACCUGGUCGCAGAAAAGGCCUACGGGUUCCUGGAUGACGCCGUCGACGCUGGCAAGCCCUUCUUCAUCGGCAUUGCGCCAAUCGCCCCGCACAGCAACGUCAAUUCCAGCAUCCUUGUUCCUGACAAGGGUCCAAACGACAACGACCCCAUCUCUGACAACUUCAGGGUCGGCAUUCCGUUGGCUGCCAAGAGACAUGAACACCUCUUCAAAGACGCCAAGGUCCCGAGAACGGAAAACUUUAACCCCGACAAGCCCUCCGGCGCCGACUGGAUUCGCCGCCAGCCCAAGCUGACGGAAGAGAACGUGGCGUACAACGACAACUUCUACCAAGGACGUCUGCGUGCCCUGCAGGCAGUCGACGAGCUCGUCGAUGGCCUCGUGGUGAGAUUGGAAAAGCACGGUGUCCUGGACAACACCUACAUCAUUUUCACGACGGAUAACGGCUUCCACAUUAGCCAGCACCGGCUGCAGCCCGGGAAGGAGUGUGGGUACGAGGAGGACAUCAACAUCCCUCUCGUCGUUCGCGGACCCGGUGUCCCCAAGGGAGGCGUGACCGAAGCCGUCACGGCGCACGUCGACCUCGUCCCCACGAUCCUGUCGCUCGCGGGUGCGCCGCUGAGGGCCGACUUUGACGGAGCUCCGAUCCCGCUCUCGACCAAAGACUUGACCGAGUCCCCGCUCACGCGCGAGCACGUCAAUGUUGAGUAUUGGGGUUGGGCUAUGAGCGAGAGCAAGUUUGGUUUCAACGGCGGUGACACGAACCGCAUCUUCAACAACACGUACAAGGCGCUGAGAGUAGUCGGCGAGGGCUAUAAUCUCUACUACUCUGUAUGGUGCACAAACGAGCAUGAGCUGUACGAUAUGACGGUAAGUUGA